AUGAUACAGGAACUGCAUGCGUCCUUGCUGAAGCUCCACGACAACCUCCGGAGAAGCGAGGAGAUGGCCGCGGCCCGGUUGAAGGCGGUUGAGGACGAAAAGGCGGCCUUAGAGGUGGCCUUAAGAGAAGAGCGAGCGAAGACGGCGAUGCAGGAGAAAACCAUGCAUUUCCUUCGUCAGACGAAUAUCCAGGCGCAAUCCGUGGAGAUCGAGCUGCGAAAUCAGAUGGAGACGUUGCAAAAAGAAAAGAAGAGCCAAGGGCUGUCCCAUACAAAGGAGCAGAAGAUCAGGAGCGGGUUGGCACGACUGGUGGAAAACGACUUGCAGAAGCAAGUGGCAACGCUAGCGCAGUUGCGCAGGGAACAAGUCGACGAAAUUCGAAGUCUCUCGAUUCAGCUGCAGGGUCUAGAGGUGAACAGGGUGCCGCUCAUUGGGGGUCUCAUCACCGUCUUGAGCAGCCAGGGUGCAAGUGCCACGUUUACCUCCCUAGGUAACGCCCAUCCAGACUGCUCCCGGCUGCGGGCCGACUUCUACCCCGGUUGGGAGGCGCCAGGCGGGGUAGCAAUAGUGCGAAUGUUCAGGAUCACGGUUCCCGCAGGUGUUCGUCAGAAGCAUCUAAACUACGCACGGCGGUUGGGGAAUGUCGUCCAACGCUUCCAUGGAACCUCUUGCAGAAGCGCAUGCAACUUCAUCCUCGACCCGAAGAACGCUGCCCCAUGCGGGCAGCAGGGCUGCAACCUUUGCAACAUUUGCUUGCAAGGCUUCAAGCUCGGGAAAACCUCGACGCGGUUCGGGCCGGGAGUGUACUUCAGCAAGGCCGCUACCAAAGCCAGUUCAUACGCUUUGGGUACUGAGAAGAAGGAGAACGGGAAAAAGUUGCGAAGCAUCUUCGUGGCAGAGGUGGCGAAGGGGAGAGCCUACAUCACCAAGAAAAAAGGGUUUGACGCUAGCAGGUACCCGCCCGUAGGCCACGACUCCGUCCAGGGAGAGGUUGGAAAAGGGCUGGCCUUCGAGGAGCUGGUUGUGUACAAGGAGGAGGCCGCCCUACCGACCCAUCUAGUGGUCUACACCAUUCCGUAGACCCGCCACUACUACUCAUCACGAGACUUCACGCCGGACGACAGGAUUCAAGCCUUCACGGACUCGUGGCGUGCAUUGGCACAGAAUUGAGCGACUUCGGGGCACAGGAAUCAAUCUGCCGGUGAUACGGGAGAGCUCACUCUCAAUCCGGAGAAGUCCCAAUCACGCGUGGGAGCAGACAAUUCUUGUGAAUUGCUGGGCGUGGAGUCUGGCAGCCUGGUGUGCGUACUAGGAAAUGUAUAGGCGAUUUGUAGUGAUUUACCUUGUGGCAGCCCAUCGAUUCACUGAUAGAUGACGUUUCUUAGCACUCGAUGGGGCGAGCGGUUACGUUGUUUCCGUCGUUUCCGGGGAUUACGAUACCUUGUUUCAGUCUAA